ACAUCAAAUCCCUAACGCGCUUAGCCGUCUCUUCUCAUCCCACAUCUCUAGCUAGGUCGCGAGUCUAAAGCUUUCUGGGUUUUCUUGUUUGGGUUGGUCAACUCUGAAUCCAGCUUCGGGUUUUCUUAGUUUAGGAAUCGAUUGCUUCGUUCCCUUUCCCCCUUAUCUCCCCCGAUUCGAUCUGAAAACAAUAUGUCGCGAGUUCUCACUUGCCCGCCGCUUGUGAUUGCAAGGAACCGGGCGAGCGUUCGGAACUUGGUCGAAUCGACUAAGCUUGAAAGAAUCACAAUUGAUUCAAUAAACCCGCUCCGGAUUGAGAAGAAGGAAAAGAAGGAGAAGAGAGAACAUAAGAAAGUAAAGGAAAAGAAGGAGAGGAGAGAACAUGAGAAAGUAAAAAACCUGGAGAAGUCUCAUAAACAUUCGUCCAAGAAAGCUCAUGAUACGCAUAAACAACAGAUUCUUUCUUCCAAGAAAGUCUCAGAUGAGUCUGACGAACUUGAGAAGAGUGGUUUGACACAAGAGCUUGAGGAACCUCAAACCCACCUCGGAUAUCUCUCUGAUGGAAGCCAAAAUAGUAAGAAGAGGAAUAGAGAUGACUCUCCUCCACCUGUUGAAAGUCUCAUCAAAGCUGCACGUGUAGCAGGUAAUCCUCUACGGAUUCGAUUGAUCUUCAAGAAACCAAAGGCAGAAGUUUCAGCUCUGCCUCGAGAGGAUCUUGUUUGCUCCACUUUGGUUGCAAAGCCUCUCUGUCACCAAGAUGUUAUAACAAGUUCAAUCCCAUGUCCAAAAAUAUCUAAGCCUGAACAGAAUCUGCCGUCAACAUCAGUGGCUGCAAUUGAUGAAACAAGGAAAAGAAAGAAACACAAACCAAGCAAAGAAGAUCGAUACAAUGCAUUAUUUGAUGAUUGGACACCUUCUUCCAUUUGUUUAGCGGAUGUGACUGGUUCGAAGGACGAUGAUGAUGAUUGGCUAUUUGGGAAGAAGACGGAAAUGAUGCCUAAGCCCAAAGCAGCAGUCGAGAUUGAUGAGGACAUGCAGAUGAGACCCGUUGAUUCAUCUUGGCCUAGAGCUCAGUUUAUGUCCCAAGUUGGGAUGUAUUCUUUACCCUAUGCAGUCCCGUUCUAAUGCUCCAAUUUUGCUCUAGAUUUAGUGUAGCUUGUACAGCAAUGUUUGACUGAUUGUAACCACAAUUAUAAUCUAACCCAAUUUUGUUAGUUUUACUGAUUGUAAACCACAAUAAUAAUGUAACCCAGUUUUGUUUGAUAUC